AUGAAGAAAGAAAAUAGAAUUUGUGGACUAAACCAUUGGAAUAUCCUUUUCGUACUGGUACACGGAUGCGCAUCAACAUUAGCUUUCACAUCCCCUCACCCGGUGAAUCAAUUUCGUCGCGAUAAAUUGGAGUGCUCAUCCACAUUUCGGGUGAUUCUGGGGGUCGCCGCAGCGGUAGGUGUCACCAGAGGAUUCAAAAUUGUGCAACAAGGGGAUGUGGCGCUAGUGGAGCGUCUCGGAAAAUACCAGUCUCGGUUGAAUCCCGGUUUCCACGUUAUAAUUCCUUUGGUAGACCGCGUUCGUACAACCAUUACGCAGCGGGAGCAAGUCUUUGAUAUUCCGCCCCAAGAAUGCAUCACUUCAGACAAUGCUCCCCUUUCUGCGGAUGCCGUCGUCUACUGGCGUGUAGUAGAUCCAGAAAAGGCGACGUACUCCGUCGUCAAUCUUGAGAUUGCUAUACAAAAUUUAGUCCUGACCCAGAUUCGAUCCGAAAUUGGCAAGCUUACACUCGACGAGACUUUUUCGGCCCGAGAGAAAAUCAACAGUAUCCUCUUGAAAGAUUUGGAUAUUGCGACAGAUCCAUGGGGUGUCAAAAUAUCGCGCGUUGAAGUCCGGGACAUUGUGCCAAAUCGCGAGAUUAUGCAGGCAAUGGAAAUGCAAAUGGCAGCGGAAAGGACGAAACGAGCAGUUAUCAUCAAAUCGGAAGGGGCCCGCGAAAAAACCGUAAACGAAGCACGCGGUGAGGCAGAAUCUCGCCUGAUUGAUGCUAAAGCAGCAGCCGAAGCUGUCAAGUUUGAAGCGGAAGCGGAGGCUUCAAAGUUAGAGCUGGAAGCAACUGGUGCGGCCCGCGCUCUCGGGAUACUCGGGACCGCACUAGGAUCUCAAGCCGAUGCUGCCAAGUUUCAAAUUAUGCGUGAGUUCAUCGCAGCUAAGCGAGACUUGGCCAGGAGUGAGAAUGCCAAGGUCAUAGUUACUUCUGAUGCUCCAAGCGACAUACUCGGCAAAGCUAUGGCCUUCUACGAAUCAUCUCAGCCAUCGAAUGAGUAA